AUGCCACCGCAGCCGGAGCUUCCUGAGCCGGCACACCCAGGAGUUGAUUCGAUGCUGAGCCGCAAAUUCGGAAAGGAGAUUGCUAAUUACUUCUCUGGGUCCCCGUUGAACCGCGUGGGCUUCCUCCGUCCUGACCACCAAUUCCUCUCGUCCGCACUACAUCACCCCUCUACCACAUUUCUGCUCUUCAACACGCUCGAGCCGCUCGUGAAGUCGGGCACUGAGCUCGCGCGCUGCAGCUUCGCCGAUGUAGAGCCUAUCAUUGGCGAGAACCCGUUCGACAAGUCCGAAGACGACCUUAUCGCCCAGUACAACUCGAGUUUGUAUAUUCCGCAGGUCAUAUUCCUGGGCCUUGAGGAGAGAAAGGAGGGCUUCGUAUACAAAGAUCACUACAAGGGCCAGCCUUGGUUUGCAGUCGAUGUCACGCCGCAGGAGAGCGUAAAGGAAAAGGCGGAGGAGUUGAUCCAGAAGAUGAAAGAGCAGGGAUUGGAUUUCAGCAAGGGCAGGAUGCACUUGAAUUUGCCGCCCGAGGAAGCGGCCAUCUAUGCCGAGGCCCGCCACCUGCUCGACUGGAACGCGCGGAACCCCUUCUGCGCCUCUUGCGGCUACAAGACUCUGUCUGUUAAUGCUGGCUUCAAGCGCACGUGUCCGCCAAAGGACAUUGCAUCCAGUGUCAACCAAGGCGAGCGCCCGCCCUGCGCAACCCGCACCGGCAUCUCAAACCUGUGCUUCCCGCGUACAGACCCUACCGUCAUCAUGGCGGUAGUAUCUGCCGACGGCCAAAAGAUUCUACUAGGCCGUCAGAAGCGCUGGCCGCCGAACUGGUACUCGACGCUAGCUGGAUUCCUCGAACCAGCUGAGAGCGUCGAGGAAGCUGUUCGUCGCGAGGUCUGGGAAGAAUCGGGCAUUCACCUUGGUCGCGUCGUCAUCCACUCUACUCAGCCCUGGCCUUACCCGGCCAACCUCAUGAUUGGCGCGGUUGGCCAGGCAAUUCCAGAAGGAGAGACGAUCCAUCUGGGACAUGACGCCGAGUUGGAGGACGCCAAGUGGUUCACUACUGAGGAGGUUAGGGAGGCGUUGCGCGUCGGCACUAGCGGGCUGGGAGAGGGUCCAGGGUCAGAGUAUAAGGAGGGUGGAUUGAGGUUGCCGCCCAGGACGGCGAUUGCAAAUCAGCUUAUGACUGCUGUUGUCAACGGAUUCGCGAGCGGAAGCCCCAUGAUUUAA